AUGGCGUUAGAAGCAUCAAGGAACAAUCAAGAUUUGGAACCAUGCGGUAAUGUUGAACAUAAGUGUCGUCCAUCACAGGAUUUAACAAGUAACAAAAUAUGUGUCAACUGCUGUGAUAGUCGACGAAGAAUGUGGCCUAACGAGCGAAGACAACGCUCUAUGAUACUGCUAAUGCACCUGGGUCCUUUCGAUGGUAUUCUAGGAUUUAGUCAAGGUGCAGCAUUUGCAUUGCUCAUGGCCUUAUUAAAGCAGAAAACUGGAGUAGCAUUUGAUUUUAAAUUUCUCAUCUUGAUUUCGGGUUUUGUCAGUCGUGCCCAAGAACACGCAGAAAUUAUCAAUUGUCACAUUAAUGAUAUUUAUUGUUUGAAUGUUUACGGUGAAAAUGACCAAUUAAUAGUGCCAGAAAGGAGUAAGAAAUUAGCGGAUUACUUUGAUGAUGAUAAAAUUGAAACGAUUGUCCAUGCAGGAGGUCAUUAUAUUCCAUCGUUAACUGCUCAUAAACAAAUUGUUACUCGCUUUAUUGCGAAAUUAACAUUAUAUUUCGGGAGAAAUCCGGGAAAUAUUGAUUAG